AUGCGAGAUGUGCCAACUAUCCGCGAAUUCAUCGUGGCUGGAGGCGCCGACCAGGCACCGGGCACGCACGUCCCGGUGACGGAAGCAGGCCUGGCCGCGACGCUGCAUUUUGCCGAUGCCAAGUCGGGGGCCAUUGCCGCGGCGGGCACGACGCAUCGCUUCGCCUGGCCGCUGCUCAUCGUCGCGCCCGAGGGAGACGUCGCCGGCAUGGCCAUCUACUUCUACAACUACACGACGUGGAAGGCGGCGCCGGGGGUCUGCCUGGAGGAGUUCUACGUGGUGCCGCGAUAUCGGCGCCGGGGGUACGGCAAGCUCCUGAUUGAGGCUAUGGCGCGCGAGGCGCGCAAGGCGGGCUGCGUCAAGAUGGAGUGGCUGUGCCUCAAGGACAACGAGCGCGCGCUUGCGUUUUACGACAAGCUGGGCGCGACGAGAAAGGAUGACUGGGUUGCGCUGCGGGUUGACGAGGCGGGCAUUGAGAGGCUGGCAGCGAGUGCGGCUGCGACUGCUGGCGAGGGGUCGCUCAUCAGCUGA